AAUGAUCCCCCUCCCCGAAUUCACUGGAGGUGUGUGUGUGUGUGUGUGUGUGACCGCAGUGCGUGGAUCAGCAUGGAGACUCCACACGCCAACUUUGAAGGGAAAAACUGGAUGUAAUUCAUUCUCCGUGGAAGAGCAGCAGCGAGGAGCGAUGAAGUGGGAUUUGUUGCUCAUUGUUUUCGGGUGGUUUGAACUCCCGUGGCUCGUGGAUUGUUUCGAUGUGCACGUGAGUGAGGAUGCGGGACCGGGCACCGCGAUCGCGAUCACCGGCUCCUGCGCGCUGGACCAGCUCAUCGUUCCCCGGUUCGCGGAGAGUUUCCUUCACCGGGACGCGGGAGUGCUCACUUUCUCCGGCGCUUUGAACUGCGAAUCGGUUCUUUCGAACCCGUUCACUGUGUACGCGAUCAUGGACUGUGCGGAGAACAACGCGUCUGGGUUUAGACACCUUUUAACCAGCCGGUAUAAUGUGCACGUUCACGGGAAAAACUGCGCGUUUAGGCGCAAACGCGAAAAAGAACUAGACGUGGAGAUUAUAAGUUUAAUAGAUGCUUCAGAGUGCCAUGAGGCGGGCACCGCUGUUUUCCGUGUGUUUGAUGUGUUACCGGGCAACCCGACGCAGUGUAACGUAACCGGGACUUCAGCGCUUUACGUCUCCGAGGGUCGUUUGUUUACUUCGGCUCCGCUGUGUUUCCCUCGCGACUCUAUGCUGGAGUUUCAACUACGCUGCGUGGGACGCGCACGCACGGGUGUCGCGCAUGCGCACUGGCGCGUGGGUCGUGGUCCGUUCACUCAAACACACCUGAGGACGUUACUUAAACGGGCCGCGCGCUCAAACUCAGGGCUUCUGAGCAGGAGGAGAAGGAACGUAAACAAUAACCCUCAGUUUCAACCUCCCAUGUAUCAAGUGUCCAUUCCAGAAAAUCAACCAUCCGGGACUUUUGUUGUUGUUUUAAAAGCAUUUGACCCGGAUGAGGGUGAAGCAGGCAGGCUGGAAUACUUCUUAGAGGCCUUGUUUGAUAGUCGUUCCAACAAUCUUUUCGCCGUUGACCCAGCGAGCGGCAUCGUUUCCACCGUGGAGAUACUAGAUAGAGAAACGAAGGACACGCAUGUGUUCAGAGUCACGGCUGUGGAUCACGGAACGCCACGUCGCACUGCCAUGGCGACGCUCACCGUAACGGUUAGCGAUACGAACGAUCACGACCCCGUCUUCGAGCAGGAGGACUAUAAAGAAAGCGUGCGAGAAAAUCUUGAAAUCGGUUAUGAGGUCCUGACUGUACGUGCCACGGAUGGCGACGCUCCCGUCAACGGAAACAUCCUUUAUCAUUUGCUAAACAAUGGGACUAACGACGUGUUCGAGAUCGAUUCCCGCUCCGGCGUUAUUCGCACACGAGGUCUAGUCGACCGCGAAACUGUCGAAUCCUACAUGCUACUGGUUGAAGCGAACGAUCAAGGUCGUGACCCCGGGCCUCGCAGCGCUACGGCAACCGUGUGCAUCGUCGUGGAGGACGAUAACGACAACGCACCGCAGUUUAGCGAGAAACGCUACGUCGUUCAAGUUCCCGAAGACUUGACGCCAAACACGGAAAUCCUGCAGGUUACGGCGACCGACCAGGACCGCGGGAACAACGCCGUGGUCCAUUUUAGCAUCAUGAGUGGAAACACUCGAGGCCAGUUCUACAUCGACGCUCAGACGGGGAAAUUAGACCUUGUGAGUCAGCUUGAUUACGAGAUCAAUAAAGAGUACAUGCUUCGCAUUCGAGCGCAAGAUGGUGGACGCCCGCCACUCUCCAACAUCAGCGGCCUCGUCACGGUGCAAGUGCUUGACGUUAACGACAACGCUCCGAUAUUCGUCAGCACUCCGUUCCAGGCUACGGUCCUAGAGAACGUUCCCGUCGGAUACUCUGUCAUUCACAUUCAAGCUAUAGACGCCGAUGCUGGCGAUAACUCCCGUUUGGAAUACCGUCUCACAGAGACCACGCCAAACUUCCCAUUCGCCGUCAACAACAGCACAGGCUGGAUUAUCGUAGCAUCCGAGUUGGAUAGAGAAAGCGUGGACUUUUAUAACUUCGGAGUGGAGGCGCACGACCACGGAACGCCAGCUAUGUCUUCCUCCGCUAGCAUUAGCAUGACUAUUCUAGACGUCAACGACAACAACCCUGAGUUCACGCAGAAGGCGUAUUACAUGCGCUUAAACGAGGACGCGGCCGUAGGAACGAGUGUCGUAACCGUGUCCGCCGUUGAUCAGGAUAUCAACAGCGUAGUGACGUAUCAGAUCUCAAGCGGAAACACCAGAAACCGUUUCUCCAUUACUAGCCAAAGCGGCGGAGGCUUAAUAACGCUUGCGCUACCGCUAGACUACAAGCUGGAGCGACAGUACGUGCUAACCGUCACGGCGUCAGACGGCACACGCUUCGACACAGGGAAGGUUUACGUCAAUGUCACAGAUGCUAACACUCAUAGACCAGUCUUCCAGAGCUCACAUUACACUGUCAACAUCAACGAGGACCGGGGCGUCGGCACAACAGUGGUGAUGAUCAGCGCAACGGACGAGGAUACGGGCGAAAACGCUCGGAUUACGUACUUCAUGGACGAUAGCAUCCCUCAGUUUCACAUCGAUGCGGACAGCGGAGCCGUAACCACACAGAUGGAGCUGGACUACGAGGAUCAAGUUUCGUACACGCUCGCCAUCACGGCCCGAGACAACGGCAUCCCACAGAAAUCCGACACUACUUACCUUGAGAUCCUUGUGAACGACGUGAACGACAACUCGCCUGUGUUCCUGCGGGAUCGUUAUUUAGGCUCCGUCACGGAAGACAUUCCCGUGUUCUCCAGCGUUUUGCAGGUCUCCGCGACCGACCGCGACUCAGGCCUCAACGGGCGAGUCUUCUACACGUUCCAGGGCGGAGAGGACGGCGACGGCGACUUCAUCAUCGAGUCCACGUCGGGGAUCGUCCGUACGCAACGACGGCUUGACCGAGAAAACACGCCUAUCUAUAACCUCCAAGCGUUUGCGGUUGAUAAAGGAGUUCCGGCGCUCAAAACGCCGGUUGACAUUCAAGUAACCGUUUUGGAUGUGAACGAUAACCCGCCUGUGUUCGAGAAAGAUGAGUUUGAUAUCUUCGUGGAGGAGAACAGUCCCAUCGGGCUUGUUGUGGCUCACAUAUCCGCGUCAGACCCGGACGAAGGCAGCAACGCUCAAAUCAUGUACCAAAUCGUCGAAGGCAACAUUCCCGAGAUCUUCCAACUGGACAUCUUCUCCGGAGAGCUCACCGCUCUGACCGACCUCGACUACGAGACUCGUUCGGAAUACGUUAUCGUGGUUCAGGCCACAUCCGCUCCGCUAGUCAGCAGAGCCACGGUCCACAUCAAACUCGUCGACAGGAACGACAACAUCCCCGUCCUCAAGAACUUCCAGAUUAUUUUUAACAAUUACGUCACCGAUAAGACCAGCAGCUUCCCUUCGGGAGCGAUCGGGCGGAUCCCGGCGCACGACCCGGAUGUCUCGGAUCAGCUCCACUACAGCUUCGAGGCGGGAAACGAGCUGAAUUUAGUGAUUCUGAACCGGAGCACCGGAGAGAUCCGACUCAGCCGAGCCCUGGACAACAACAGACCGCUGGAGGCGUCCAUGAAGAUCUCAGUCUCAGACGGCGUUCACUCGGUGUCGGCUCAGUGUCUGCUCCAGGUCACGGUCAUCACCGACGAGAUGCUCUCCAACAGCAUCACGCUGCGAUUGGCCAACACGUCCCAGGAGCGCUUCCUCUCGCUGCGAUUGGCCCAGUUCCUGGAGGGCGUGGCCCGCGUUCUCUCGGCGUCCCGUGAAGACGUGGUGGUGUUCAACGUCCAGGACGACACCGACGUCAGCGCCGGGAUCCUGAACGUCAGCCUGUCCGUGGCCCUGCCGGUCGAGGGGUCGCGGGGUCGCGGGGUCACGACCCGGCUGGGCGAGUUCUUCGGGUCGGAGGAGCUUCAGGAGCGCUUGUAUCUGAACCGGAGUCUCCUGGCGCAGAUCUCCUCGCAGGAGGUGCUCCCGUUCGACGACAACAUCUGCCUGCGCGAGCCGUGCGAGAACUACAUGAAGUGUGUGUCCGUGCUGAAGUUCGACAGCCUGGCGCCGUUCGUGGCGUCGGACACCAUCUUGUUCCGGCCGAUCCACCCGAUCGCGGGUCUGCGGUGCCGCUGUCCAAUCGGCUUCACCGGCGACUACUGCGAGACGGAGAUCGACCUGUGCUACGCUAAACCCUGCGGCGCUAACGGCGUCUGCCGCGGCCACGAGGGCGGCUUCACCUGCGAGUGUCUCCACGACUACACAGGUGAGCGGUGUGAGAUCUCCUCGCGCUCGGGCCGGUGCGCUGACGGUGUGUGUAAGAACGGUGGGACGUGUCUCAACCUGCUGGUGGGCGGCUUCAGGUGCGAGUGUCCGAGCGGAGGCUUCGAGAAGCCCUUCUGCCUCAUGAGCUCCAGGAACUUCCCACCGCACACCUUCCUCACAUUCAAGGGCCUCCGCCAGCGCUUCCACUUCACGCUCUCGCUCGCGUUUGCGACUCGAGAACCCAACGGUCUGCUGUUGUAUAACGGACGCUUUAACGAGAAACACGACUUCAUCGCUCUGGAGAUCGUUAACGAGCAGAUCCAGCUCACGUUCUCCGCAGGCGAGACGAAGACGAGGGUGUCGCCCUUCCUCGUGGGCGGAGUCAGUGACGGCCAAUGGCACACGGCACACGUGCACUACUACAACAAGCCCGUCCUGAACCGCGCCGGUCUUCCUCAGGGUCCCUCCGAUCAGAAGGUCGUCGUGGUAACCGUUGACGACUGCGACACGUCGGUGUCUCUGCGUUUCGGUCACGUGAUUGGAAAUUACUCGUGUUCCGCCCAGGGUAGCCAAUCAGGAUCCAAGAAGUCUCUGGAUCUGACGGGUCCGCUGUUACUGGGCGGCGUUCCCAAACUCCCGGAGGAGUUUCCCGUCGGGAACCGGCAGUUCAUCGGCUGCAUGAAAGACCUGCGCAUCGACGAGCGACACAUCGACAUGGCGGGAUUCAUCGCGAAUAAUGGAACGCUAGCCGGAUGCUCGGCAAAGCGACACUUCUGCAGCAAUAACCCGUGUCUGAACGGCGGCAGUUGCGUGAAUCUGUGGGGCUCGUUCCGAUGCGACUGCGCUCUGGGCUUCGGAGGACGCAACUGCGAGAAAGUGAUGCCGAACCCGCUGCGUUUCCAGGGUAACAGUCUGUUGUCAUGGAGUAAUCUGGCUGUCGUGGUAACAGUUCCUUGGCACCUGGAGUUCAUGUUCCGCACACGACAGCUGACGGCAACACUGAUACACAUCAGUUCAGGACAACAUCACAACCUCACCAUACAGCUGAGGCAGGGGUGUGUGGUGACGUCAGUCCAGCGCGGCGAGGACUCCGCUGUGUCUCGUGUUGAUGAUGUCACGGUGAGCGACGGCCAAUGGCAUCACGUGUUGCUGGAGCUCCGUGGCUCCGCCUCCAUUACGGCGGCUCUGAGCCUCGACCACGGCCUGUACACGGCGUCUAUGGAUCUGGACUCUAAGUUAAGAGGAGUUAAACUGAAGACUCUGAGUGUCGGCGGCGUCACAGACGGCAGGAAUACAGUCCUCAGUGGAUUCAGGGGAUGCGUUCAGGGUUUGCGUCUGGGCGAGACCCCCUCGGCUCCGGUGUUUCCCAGCAUGCAUCAGGCUCAGGUGUUGAACGUGGAGUCGGGCUGCAGUUUCCCGAACGCCUGCGGAUCAAACCCGUGUCCCGAACACAGCGAGUGCAGAGACGGCUGGGACACACACUCCUGCCGCUGCCACACCGGUUACUAUGGCAGCAGCUGCACUGACGCCUGCGCACUGAACCCCUGCGAGCACCAAUCAGCAUGCAGCAGGAAGAUAAGCUCCGCCCACGGCUACACCUGCACCUGUCCCAGCAGCUUCUUCGGCCAAUACUGCCAGAAAAAGACGGACCUGCCGUGUCCCCGCGGAUGGUGGGGUGAUAAGUCAUGUGGUCCGUGUAACUGCGACACGGCUAAAGGCUUCGACGCCGACUGUAACAAGACCAGCGGAGUGUGUCGCUGCAAGGAUAAUCACUUCCGGCCCGCGUCAGGUGACGUGUGUGUGCUGUGCGAGUGUUACGCCGUGGGCUCGUUCUCGCGCGCGUGUGACCGGGUCACGGGCCAGUGUCAGUGUAAGCCAGGGGUCAUAGGUCGCCAGUGUGACCUCUGCGAUAACCCGUUCGCCGAGGUCUCGUCCAGCGGCUGCGAAGUGAUCUACGACAGCUGUCCUCAGGCCAUCGAUCAGGGAAUCUGGUGGCCAAGGACUAAGUUCGGUUUACCGGCCGCCGUCUCGUGUCCGAAAGGAUCCAUCGGAACCGCGAUCCGGCACUGUGACGAACACAAAGGCUGGCUCUCACCCAACCUCUUCAACUGCACAUCCCUGAGCUUCAGCCGACUCAAGACACUGUCAGAGCGUGUGGCGCGUAACGCGUCUCUGCUGGACUCGGCUAGCGUCCAGCGCGCGGCGGCUCUGCUGCGUAACGCUACGGGGAGCGCAGGCGAGUUCUACGGCAGCGACGUGAAGCUAGCCUAUCAGCUGACGCGCUGGAUCCUGCAGCACGAGAACGGCCAGCAGGGCUUCAACCUCAGCGCCACGCAGGACGUGCUGUUCAACGAGCACCUGCUGCAGGCGGGCAGUGCCAUCCUGUCGGCGAGCACACGCGGACACUGGCAGCUCAUCCAGCAGACGGAGGGCGGCACGGCGGCACUGCUGCAACAGUUCGAGGAGUACACCAACACACUCGCCCAGAACAUGAGGAAGACCUACCUGAGCCCCUUCACCAUCGUCACGCCCAACAUCGUCAUCUCCAUCGAUCGCUUGGAGAAGAUGAAUUUCGCGGGAGCCAAGCUUCCGCGGUAUCAGUCUCUGCGCGGGCCACGCCCACUCGACCUGGAGACGGCCGUCACUCUCCCCGACUCCGUCUUCAUCCCCGCCCCCGAGGGCAAAGGUCACCGGCACCACAGCGAGCCAAUCACAGAGCCCGGCAGGAACCACACGGCCAAUCGGAAGAGACGGCACCCGGAGGAGCGCGAGCAGGACGCCAUCGCUAGCGUGAUCAUCUUCCACAGCCUAGCGGCGCUGCUACCCGAGCGAUACGACACGGACAAGAGGAGCCUGAGGGUUCCCAAGCGUCCGGUCAUCAACACUCCUGUGGUCAGUAUAACGGUUCAUGAUAACGAGGAGUUACUGCAGCACAAUCUGGAUAAACCAAUCAUAGUGCAGUUCCGCCUGGUGACCACUGAGGAGCGCUCUAAACCCAUCUGUGUGUUCUGGAACCACUCCAUAGUUACGGGCGGUCCGGGCGGCUGGUCCUCGAAGGGUUGUGAGGUGGUCUUCAGGAACAGCACACACAUCAGCUGCCAGUGUUAUCACAUGACCAGCUUCGCUGUGCUCAUGGACAUCUCACGCCGAGAGAACGGAGAGAUCCUGCCAGUGAAGCUGAUCACGUGGAGUUCGGUGGGCGUGACGCUGGGCUUCCUCUUCCUCACCAUUGUCUUCCUCUCCUGCCUGCGGGCCGCCAGCAGCAACAAGACCAGCAUCGUCAACAACGGGGCGUUCGCACUCCUCAUCGCACACCUCAUCUUCAUCCUGGGCAUCAAUCAGGCCGAUAACCCGUUCCUCUGUACAGUGAUGGCCAUCCUGCUGCACUUCUCCUGGAUGUGUGUGUUCUCCUGGCUGUUCCUGGAGGCCCUGCACGUGCACCGCAUGAGGAGCGAGCUGCGCGACAUCAACUUCGGCCCCAUGCGCUUCUACUACCUGAUCGGCUGGGGCGUCCCGGCCUUCAUCACGGGGCUGGCGGUCGGGCUCGACCCUGAGGGGUACGGGAACCCUGACUUCUGCUGGCUCUCGCUCUACGACACACUCAUCUGGAGCUUUGCGGGACCCGUCGCGUUCGUUGUGUCCAUGAACGUGUUCCUGUACAUCAUGGCGUCGAGAGCGUUGUGUUCGCUCGGACAGAAGAGCUGCGAGAAGAGAUCCGCGCCGGAGGCGGGUCUGCGGACGGCGUGUGCCGUGUUGUUCCUGGUGACGGUGACGUGUCUUCUGGCCCUGCUGUCGGUCAACAGCGACAUGAUUCUGUUCCACUAUCUGUUCGCGGGAUUCAGCUGCGUUCAGGGCCCGUUUAUCUUCUUCUUCCGCGUGGUGUUUAAUAAAGAAGCCAGAGACGCCAUGCGCUACUGCUGCGGGAAGAAGCGGCCCGAUCACAUGAUCAAAUCCAAACCCUCCGCGUUCAUCUGUAACAGUAAUUAUGCGGACGGGCGUCUGUAUCACCUGCCGUUCUCUGAGUCGAGUGUGUCACUGAACGGAACCCAGAGCAGCAAAACCCAUCAGAACUACAUGCCCUUCAGCCUCCGUGGAGACGAUGUGAACAGCAGCCACCUGAGUCUGAGUGAACACAACACACUGUUCCAAGACAAACAGCAGAUGGACGAUCACGACUCCGACUCUGACAGCGAUCUCUCGGAGCUGGAGGACGAUCAGAGCGGCUCGUACGCGUCCACACACUCGUCCGACAGCGAGGAAGACGAGGGCGAGUUCCUGCAGGAGGAAUGCUGGGAAAAUCUGGCCACCAGCAGCACCAUCAAACCUCAUGAUGUGUGGGAGGCUGAGACAGGAACGGUGGAGGCAGAGACUCUUCCCAAACCAGAGGAUGCUGGGACGGAAAACCUGCUUCUGCUGCUGCCCAGUUUACCGAACACCAGCGCGCAGCCGCACAAAGGAAUCCUGAAGAAGAAGCAGCUGUCGCCCAUCGCCGAGAGGAACGCCAUCAACCGCAUACACAACCAGCUGUCGGGAGACUCCACCUCCUCACGCGAGGCUCGAGGGGGCGUGGCCAGGCGGGAUCAUCCGAACGGGACGUCAGCGAGCGGACCAACGAAAACACUCGACAACGACUCGUCUGAAUCCGAGUGA